GGCGGUUGUUUCAACAUGGCGGCAACAGCAACAAAAAGUGGAAACUCGGGGAUAUUCUGGAUGAAUGGCGUGUCAGAUGAGGAACAGCCUUUGGUGUUUGUUCCUGGAGUGGAAGGGGAGGGGCAGACUCGGAUCCCUUUCAGUUUGGGGUCAGACAGCAUCCGUACAUCCAGUAAAAGAGGUUCCAAGAUGCGAGACAGGCAUAGCUCUGACUGCAAGAAGGAUACCACAAUAAAGAAAGGUGGCAAGAAACAGGGCCACUUACAAAGUGAGCGCUCUGGGGUUUACAACAAGGAAAAAGUGUCCAUCCAUCACAGUGCUACUGCAGUUACAGCGCACACCCUUUCACCAGCCUUGGGUACUUUUCUCCCCCCGACACAGGUAAUCUCUGAGAGCAGCAGAGCUAAGAGCCAGGUCUGUUUAAAAGACCUCUGUCCUGAAGAUAAGCGCCGGAUUGCAAACCUCAUUGAAGAACUAGCCAGAGUGAGCGAGGAGAAAGAAGAGUCCGUGCAGCGUCUGAAAGAUGAACAGGGAAAUUUUGAGUGCAAGAUCCAGCAGCUGGAGCAGCAGAAUCAGAUCAUAGUACAGGAGAGGGAGAGCCUGCAGCAGCAGUACAGAGAGUGCCAGGAGCUGCUUGGGCUCUACCAACAGUACCUUUCUCAACAACAAGCAAAACUUAACCAGUCAAUUGCCCAGCUCAGCCAAGCACCAGCCCAUAGCAAGGUGCUGAACAGUGAGGAAGCCCCCAGCAGAACAUCUAGCAGCAGAGCUAAUGGCUCACUCUUUGAUGGCUCAUACCUCAGCCUUGCUGCUACUCGAGCACAACAGCCUCAAGUGCACAGGAGUGGUGGUGCAGGAAGAGGAGCAAAAGAAGCCCUUAGCAACCAUGCCUCUCUUUCCUGUGUCAGUGAGUUCAGUCCGACUGAUGGGUCCAUCAGACAGCAUAGGAUUCAGAAAAAGGGGUGCAGGGAGCCACACUCUGGGUCUCGCCACAGAUGUGAGCACUGGCAAGACAGCGGUCAAGACAGUGGCUAUCAUCUGGAGCAUGGCCACCAUGAUACCUUCAGCCAGCAUGCGUGUGAAAGGAACCACACUGGGAAUGCUAUCAGCUUAGAGGCCAAGGAAGCCCUGACCAGGCCUCUGCUGGGUCACGAGGACUGGGAGGAGAAGAGACACCAGCUGCUGCUGCAGAAGAUGCAGUUGGAGAUGGAGAGAGAGAGACUGCAGGCACGCCUGGCCGAGCAAGAAGAGAGACUCAACAGACAGAAUCAGCAGCUACGGCAGUCACGCCUCGAUUACAGCAGGCUUCAACAAUCUGCUCAAGCUGAUCUCAGCAGCUCUACUACUAGAAAUGGAGAUCCGCAGCCGCAGGGUCCCUCCCACCAAGAUUUCCCCCCCAGUGUGUGUGAAGAUGCAGAUGGACAUCCUGCAGGACAGAAUUUGCAUGGAAAACACUCACAAACUGUACCUGUCCCUCAAGACAAUGGCAAUGAGGCCUCAGAGCGGUCCAGAAAGGAUGUGGCCACAUCUCCUGUUAAGUCCUCUGCAAGCCUGAGUAGGCCGACUUCAGUGUCUGCGAUCCCAAAAACCCCUGAGGCCAGGUUGGACUUUUCUGUGGAUGAGUUAUUGGAUGUCUUUUGUCCUGUCUCUGCACCUGAGUUAAGCCAGGAGUCCACUCAAAGACCCACAAUGUUACAUCGUAGACUGCACCUUUCGGCCCCCAAUCCGUUGAGCAGAACCCUGCUCACCCCUGCUGGGCCUCAUCCUCAGAGUAACCAGCAGGAUCUGGAAGAAAGCCAGAUACUGGAGGAUAUUUUCUUCAUAUGCUGACAAAGAAGAAAAUGCAUCCAGUCACUUGAUAUUCACCUGUUUGGUCUUAACUUUAUAUUUCAGUUGACGUCCUGAAUCUGAACGAUCAUGAUGUUGUAGAUUGUACUGUUGUUAUUCUAUGAUUUUAAUACAAAUAAAUAUUUAUUCAGA